CAGAGUGUGACAAUGCGCGGCGGCGUGGCGCAUCCAGUGACGGCUGUCAAUCAUCGGCAAGUCUAUUGCAAUUCACUUGUUGGACAUACGCCAUAGCGAGACCUCACAAACGACUUUGAAUAUAACUUAUUGACUCGGCUCAAGAUAACGUUAAAUUGACUGGUUAUAGAGAUUUACGGUUACUCUCAGCUGCGCACAUUCCACCCAUCGAAUGAAACAAUCCUGGGAGUGUUGAUCACCUGCAACUGAAUAUCCUUAUAACUUUGACAGCAACCUUUCGGAUCAGAGGCACCGUGCGUCCGGGUGAUCUGUCUGAUUGAUGCAGGAACCAGGUUAGUCAGGAAACAAUUUAUUGAAAAGGACUUCCUCCUAUUUCAUGAGACGAUCUUUUUGAUGGCCACCCACUGACAAUGUUCUGUCAAUUCAAUGAGCCUUACAGAGUGCAGAAGACGGAUAGGAUCUAGGAUACGCCCCUUUACCUCGAAACAAAAAGCAAAAGCACAGAACCUUCACGCUAAGUCACAGAACACGUGCCACUGUCGUCGGAUCUGGAUCGGACCUCAUUGAACCAGGAGAGGAUUUAGAAAGCCGUAUAUCACGUAGCGGGUCCCGUGAACGCAUCUUAAGGACGUGUAAGUAACACGUCGUAUGAACCUAUAGACCCCCUCCUCCUGACGACAGUUCUUUCGAUGUGACCACAGACAUCCAGGUGUACAUUGUCCACCCCCAUCACAGAUCGUAGAAGCUGUAUCUCCUGGGACUGGUACAUACCCACAGAAAGUAGUAGUCGCCUAUAUCGCAUACCCUCUUCAAGUACAAGAAUACUGCGCCACCACUCGAGCCAGCGGUCAGUACCUAACCCAGUCUCCGUUGAGAAAGUGAAGGCAGGGAGGGGCUCGACGGUACCGGGACGUAUUUCUUCAUCUUCUGAAGACGACAACAUGAACGUCAUAAGUGUUGUCAUAAUGUGUUUAGCAGCAAGCCACUUUCCUUCUGUGAAUGGCGGCAUCUGCUGGUUGUCCAGGAGCAGGAAUGGACGGUGCAGACAGAUGUACAGUGUCAACAUAUCACGUGACCAGUGCUGCAGCCUCACCAUACCAGCGGUUGCCAUCAGCUGGACCCCCCGCGACGUGGCAUCUCACACCCACACAAUGCUGUUCACAGGGGGAGCGACACAGUGCCAUGUCUGUCACAAAACGUGUGACAAAGUGAGGUGUGGUGCUGACCGGAAGUGUCGAGUGAGGCACGGACAAGCAAGAUGUGUGUGCUCCCCACAGUGUCCUCGUUACCUGAAGAUGAUGGGAGUUCUGUGUGGCUCUGAUCAGAAAACUUACAAGCACUACUGUGCCAUGCUUCGCCACAACUGCAAGCACAACAGAGAGGUGAAGCCUGCGUACCUGGGACAUUGUAAAGACUCGUGUCGCGGCGUCAAGUGCUUCAGACGUGGACAUCACUGUCUUCAGGAUCAGCACGGCCUACCCCACUGCGUGCCCUGCAACACCUACUGUUCCAACGUCCCCUUCUACAGCUUGUGCGGUGAAGACGGUGUCACUUACUCCAGCCAGUGCCAUCUGGUGGCAGCCAUAUGUAUGAAAGGGGCGGCAAUUCGAGUUGCAUACACAGGGCCAUGCAUUGGUGGGUUGACCUGCGAGACCCUGAAGUGCCCGGAUGACCGACGGUGUCUGAUGAACUAUACUUCCGGCCUGCCCCAGUGCGUCAACUGCAAGGACGCUUGUUCUAUAUUAUCCGAGGCGGAAGAGAACAUCUUCGUGUGUGGCAGCGACGGCCACACCUAUUCAAGUUAUUGCCAGAUGCAGAGACACGCAUGCCGCACCGGGGUGGUCAUCAAGACAGCGCAUUAUGGGAGAUGUAAAGACACAUGAGUCCACAUGAUUUCAGUCUGAGUUGGCCUGUUGUUAUGACGGCGCCAUGAUCGAGUGACGUGUAUACCGUGAUGAUGGACGGGCAAGUGCAAUAAGACGCCACCUCUGACGCCAUGGCCGUGUUGUGGAUGUCACCAUGAGUUCUGUUUCGGUCAACGAACGGCACCAUGUACGCAUCACUCCAUAGACCGUCUGCAUAAAGUCUUCUGAUAGACAGAUCCACGCCUCUGGGUCUCUAACGAAGAAGUGUAUGGAUUUAUUUUAUUUAUCCAAGGAAAUAUCCGCCUGUGUGUUGGAAUACACAGAUUUGUACAUACUCUUGGUUGACUGCCUUGGUAUCUAAUGGAAUACCAUUUGCUUUCGAAUUUGGGCGAUUUGGGUAUGUUUUUAUGCCUGUGGUGUUUCAGAUCACUUACCUUUGUAUGUAUCACGGAUGCAUAGAGUAGCCAAUGUCACAAAGAAUAAUAUUAGCUCGCAUGUUUAUUUGAGGUGUAAUUUAAUUCCAUAUUUUAUUGAAGCAAGCCCAAAACGGGCGAAAUUACGAUUGGCGAAUAACUAUGGAAUAACCGUAGAAAUGUCUCUUUCAUAAUAGAACUGAAACACAUUUAGAAAAAAAGCGCGAUAUCAUGUCCAUUGUAUUGCGGUUUGUCAUGCAGACAGUAGUAUUUCUGUACGUUCUUGUUAUCUUAACACGCCAACACUCAUACGUCAACCUUGACCUACACUGACUGUUCGCGUUGACGUAAUCCCGUUUUCAAUACAACCAGUCACGUCAUACAUUCCCUGCUGCAGCCAUCUCUCCUGGAUGAGGCGGUCACAUUGUCCUGCUGACGUGGCCAGGGGAUGUUAUGUACAUCGCGCGCGUCUGAAGAUCAUGUACGUCUGCCUUUUGACAUCACCACAUUGAGUGGCAUUCCGGAUGCCGCAGUGCAGUGCGGAUGCCAUGACAUGUUUAUCUAGUACGCAGAUAACAAUAUUUCAAUGUUGAAAGUUAUUGUUGUAUUUAUUUCUUCCAAAGCUAAGAUUAUAUUAUGAACACGCAUAGUCGUGCAUUUUAAACUGCCGGCCAAAAGAAAGUAUGCACUUGAAAAUUGGAUUUUACCAAAACAUUUCAAACAAAGUAGACUCAAUUUAUGGAUAACAACUUGACAACGGUAUAAGGAUUUAUACAGAAACGUCGCCUUAACAGUAAAUAAAAAAAUUGUUAUCCAUAAAUUGUGUCUACUUUGUCAUCCGUCAACUUUUGCCUAUAAUACGAAACAUUUCAAACGUUAUCAAAAAGUUACUAGACUGAAAACAGUCGCCGAAACACUGCAAACUUGAGGUCUAAAACGUAGCUUUGAUACUCGUAUAGAUCAUCACCGAAUAACCAUUUCUUAUUUGUUUCAUUCUUAACCACCAUCAAACAUUAGUGUAUACUGUCUCUUGCCCGGCAGUGAAUAUACUUUGAUCACAUUACUUUCUGACACACUAUAACAUGGCUGCCCGGCAAUUUAUAUAAAAAUCCCAGACUAAUUUACUUGUACAUGUUGUAGCUGUUGGGGCCUGGGUUUGAUUAACAAGAUUGUUUUUACGUCACACUUCUAAUGAGGGCUUCGUGGUUUAUUAUUCUGUUCCAACCCUAUCUCCUACACUCCAGCCAAACUCCUACGGGCAGCGUUGCAGACAAGGUUAUGACUGCUAAGGCAAGAAAACCUGGUCGCGCUUCAGCAUCUUUUCACCUCAGACGGCACCCGUCGGGAUUCCCAAGCGGAAUAAUGGCUGUACCCAGAAUUAGAACCGGCACGUGGAUAUGUGCUCAUGUUGUCAGCCACUGGUUUGACUGCAGAAGGUUCGAUUUUAUAUACUGGUAGCUGUAACACUGCUGACCUUCGUGUCAAGGACAUUCCUGCCAUCGUGUCAGAUUGCUACACUGUUCAUCACCCUCGUUUCAGACGGAAUGACCUGUUGAAGCGAACUGACACUGGGAAUUGACCGAAAAUGACCUCGUAUACUCAUUGACACAGCUAGAGUGUCAUUUCAUCACUGAGUACAUGAACUAAGCAUGAGCGCGGCGUGUUCAUAACUAUACGUCGUUAUGUUUCGAAUAUAUGUACAUAUGCAUUGUAAAUCGAUUCAUAAUAAAUGACAUACAUUCAUCUAUUUCAAUCUUGAAAGAAAUUCAAAAUGUUUAUUUAUCUUCAUAACUAUUAAUAAAUUAUUCACUGUA